AUGAAGUGGGGAAUAUUGAUUUUGUUCCCUGGAGCCAUUAAUAUCGUACUUCAGGUUUGUUUUCUAUUUUUUUCUCGUAUCGAACUUGCUUUUAGCUUUUUUGCCGACAAAAGGGUUAAUUGAUUUGACGGUUUGUAACUUCACGUUUUGUUUUGCUCGUAGUGUUUCUUCACCGCUGCUAAAGCGUCUGUAAACUGUGAGUAUUUCAAUGAAAUAAGACCGUUGGGGACAAGCUUAAAACUAACAGUUGUCGCUUGAUCUAUUGUGAAAGAGUGAUGUACCCAUAUGCGCGACUUGAAUUGGAAAAUGUUCAUUAUUUAAAUUAAUGUGCCUACUGUUUUUAAGGCCACUCAAAUUUUAUGUUUAAUUCUUUAAAAAUCACAGGCACAUUAAGUUUCCUGUCCAGGUUACAUUUGCCAUGAUAAUGUAUCGGGAAUGAAGGAAGCCAUGGCCCUCAGGUUAUCGUUGUUGUCGGUCCCGUUUAUUAAAAAAAGGAAACAAACUCAACAUAGUGCUAAUAACUACAAAAUAGUAAUUGAAAUGAAACUUGAAAUGUCUGAUUAUCAUGAUAAUAAUUGGUUUUUAGGUUCCCGAAAAGUUUAUGAGCCAUUGGUCACCAUUUCUGGUGGUAAAAUCUAUCAAACGUUCCUUCAAGUUGGCUCUUGAACUUGAUUAGAAAUAAGCACAAUGACACAUGACUUAGAAAUUUCACCAUCUAUUCCCAUAUUUAAAAAUGAAGAGACAACACUAUAUAUCCAUUAAAAGUCAUGAUCGUCCCCUUCAGUAUUGCCAACAAAUGACCCCUAACUUCUUGAACUGUCCCGCCUUAGUGGGAAACAAAGAUAUUUCCAAAAAAUUCAAGUCGCAAAACUGGUUACAAUUAUGAGUAAAUCUAAAUAGACAUCACCGGCACAGUAGUUAAAAUGUUAAAGACGCGAACCUCAAAAAAGGCUUUAUUGGUUUUCACAUAUCCAGCAUCUCUUUAGAAAAUAUGUUUCAUCGUAUGCAAAAUCCAGGAUGCAAAUUGUAUUAGUGCACUGAAUUCACCCAUGAUAUGAAACUAAAGAUUAUAAAACGCGAUAUAUUUUCACGAUUGUCCUUUAUGAACAUGCACAAAUGAAUUAUUGAGUAAAUCGGGCACUCUUAAUGCCAAAGUUAAAAUUAUAAUUUUUAUUUAAGGCAAUAGCUAUUGAUUUUUCCGUUGUGCACGAAAAUUUACGAAAAAGUUAUCCUCAGGGUCGGUGAAAGUGAUCACGGGAUUAUUUUAGUAGAGUUACCGAACGUUGUUCACUUUCAUUCCUGUUAAAACUUGCUGACUGUUUAUGGGUUUACAGAAGUAUUCCUUUAAGUUUACUAAAGAUAGAAAAAAGUGAGGUGAAGACAGGAAUGCCUUAUUUCAGAAGGUUAUUCGCCCUGGAGCCAAUUGAAUAUCGCGAUAUAAGUUUCCCCUUUAUUAUUAGCUAUCUUUUCGUCUGUUCUACCACUUGGACUUCAAUUUUAGAAUAAUAUAAGUUUAUGUUCUUCUCGUCAGACAAAAGAUAGCAGUUAUCUAACCAAAAAUUGUUUUUUGUAUUCCUUUUUAGCCGGUAAUCUCAUAAUAGGAAACGGUGAAGUCCUGGAGAUCAACACAACUGCACCAUCCAUAGUUAAUAACAACUGCCCCAGUUGUAAUUACAACGCAUCACAUGAAAAAAGAUCUUCCUCAAGCUCGCAUGGUGAACAUCUCGCUGCAGUGAUUAGGUUCAGUGGUAACAUUGAGUUCAGAAACGGUUCAACAGUCCAAGUAUUUGGAAAGUAUGGUCUAAGUAUAACAAGUCAGAAUGGACACAUCUUAAUAGAAACUGAUAUUAACAUGACGUGUACAAAGAAGGUGCUAAAUGAAACAUGUCUCGGUGGGUUCACUCAGUCAUCAGUAGCUGUGACAAGUGGGGAUAAUAAACUCUUACAUAAAGGUAAGAGAAGAUUCUUUCAUUUGCCUUUCUCACAUUUGCAUUUGGUUUGCUCUUGCUUUCACACUUACUUCCUGGGAGGUGGGUACAAGGUAUAAUAAAACGGUAUAAUUACGAACGGUAUAUCGCUGAGUCUCUUCAAUGUUUAACCGUCGGAGGUAGUUUCAUACUCAACGGUGAGGCAAAAUUGGUUUCCUUGGAUACUUAGUGUGAUAUAAUAGUUCAGAGGGAUUCAACGUUCUGAAAUGCUUAAAACAUUGGCUCGAACUCAUGCCACAUCUGAGGUCUGAAGUCAUACCAGCUGUGACCGAUUUAUUGCCACAAUUUGGUUAGCGAAACAGGGACAGGAGAAAUAGAAAUCCAUGCUACUAGGGAGGAUGUUUACAUCUAGUCAUUAAUCACUGCUUUGUUCAGGGAACAGGUCGUUUAUGGCUGGUCUUCACUCAUUCCUUGGCCAUUUGAGUAACAUUCAAUAGCAAGCUCCCAGCUUCUUUAGCCUUCCUUGUCACUUUAAAUUAUAUGCUUUUUUUUUUUUUAUAAUUAACACCUUUUUGUAACGUUUUAUUGUUACGUUUUGUGAGUGUCUUAAAAACAAAUAGAGGAAAUUCUAAAUAUGCUGAUCUUCGAACCUUAUACAGCCCAAUUAAAGCUCAUUUUUGCAAAGGCUAUGUUCUUACAACAGGUAAAUAUUGCUUUAUGAUCACAAACUUAGCGAGGAUAUUUCAAUUACUAAUUUUUUUUUUCUUUUAUAUCUGAUCAAAUUCUCGUAAUUGUAAGAAAAAGAUAUAAGUUGCGUCCUCAGUAUUACUCUCCCGAAUAGAAUGCUAGUCCAUCACUGGGAAGGGGCAGUCUGAUUAUUUCGUGUGGUACUUCUUUUUACAACUGUGUGGAGCCGGACAGAGUGAAAUACUAGUCAAUAAAAACCAUGCGCUGCUUGAAUUCCUUCCUCCAUUUCUAACGUCAGAUAAAAUUCAUUUUUCUUGUACUCUAACGACUGAAUAAGACUUUCUUGGUGAUGGUUAAGUUUUGUAAACAAGGGAUUUUUCAUGACUUUUAGUUUCUUUACAGGUCUUGGUCCUGGUGGCCUCAUUAUAAACACCGCGUCAUUUAUUUUGGACCAUGCUUGCAUACCUGGUUCUAGUCAUGGCGGAAUAGCACUGCGUCUGGGUAAUGCCCUAUAUUCAAAUUUGGUAUAUGAUCAAAAGGACAAAGUAUCACUAUUAGGCGGAAGCGGAGGUGAGACAAAUUAUUUAAUCACUUCCAAUAGCUUUGUGGCUCUGAUCUAAGUACUAAUGAGCGCUGGAAUGGAAAUUGGUUAAUAAGAAGAAUAAAAAAAGAAAAACUCUUGGCACACUACAAUUACUGUACCUUACGGCAUAUUUACUACGACAAAUCAGGCCUAUAUUAGAAGAAUUAACUGUGUUUUACCUACUUUUUACUAAAAUUCUGGAAAUUGUUGGUUGUAAAUAAACUAGUUAUGAUGUGAAAGAUUUCAACCCAGAAGUCAUUUCAUAAGUAGGAUAAGUAUGAUCGUCCGGGUGAACGUAAUCCUGAAUAGGACCGUUAUUUUUGUCAGUGACUGACGUUUCGACAACCUGUGCGGUAGUCAUCUUUAGAGUCAAAGUGAGUUGUAUCACGUCAGUUGAUGGUAGUAACCUCUGGUUAUUGAGGUGAUUUGUCAAUCAAGUCGCUAUCUUAUUGGUCUUCUAUCAGUUAAGUUGUGAUGUUAUUGGCCAUGAAGACUCGUAAUGUCAGUUAAAUGUCAGUUAAAUUGUCAGUUGUCCAGUCAUUCUCUCGUAGUUAGUUUUACUUGAGUGCGUCGAUAAGUCGUUUGUACUGUGCGGGUAUCUGACUUCUCUUCCGAGCAGCUGCUACAUGACUUAGUACAUCCCAUGAUCAAUGUUCUCCUACACAUUCGCAUUCUCAAAAUGUUCACAGGGACUUUCAGAGUGAAACGUGGUGGUCUAGCAUAUUACUCACUGUCGUUUUCAGUGUCGUUGUCGCUCGCGUGGAUGUCUUCGGCUUCACUGUCAUUCGCAGAAGCUAUCUGUUCUCCCUAUUCCUUUCUAUCCGAUGAAUUUUCCACCUUACCCUCUUUCUCAGGAGUAUUUUCUCCAUUUUGGUAGCGUUAUUAGAGACCUUAAGGUUCUAGGACGAGAACGACUACGAGCCGGUACGAGAUUUCACUUAAAGUGUUUCCCGUUUUCUCAAAUAAUAGACACUCCGGAUAGCCUCAUCGUACAUCUUUUUCACCCAAAAAAAGUUGGCACUGUUUUCUUUAUUAAAAGAGGUUAAGCUAUCUCCCCGCCGCAAAUAAUUCAACCUAUAACACUUUAUAACUUGUGUCCGCUAACACAACAUUCUCGCUAAAACUCGUAGUAAAAUGACGACUAUCACUUUUUCCCGCCAAAAUGACCCUAGUUCACGUGCCGGCACUAAUAGAUUUUUUUUACCGAUUCGGCGGUCAUAUUGGAUUAAUUGGAUAUAAGGAGUAUUAUGGGAUGCCCAGGGGGCAUGAGCACAAUCCGAUGUACUCGCAUCAGGAUUUGAGCGCGCUCUUCGGGCCAAUUUUUCUUUAAAUUUUCCUAGAAAGAUAUUAUUAUGGUAAAAAAGAUCUUUGUGCGGUGUUUGGAUAUAAUGAUGAUCGCGUUUUUCCCAAGAAAUAUACAUUAUACAUUAUUAGUAAAAUCCAGCUAGUGGUCUACUAUCAAUGCUGCGUUCUGAUUGGUUUUGACUUCUUCUAGGCUAUAUGUUAUAACCCAAAAGUACAUGUAGCAAUAAGCUCCGGCUUUAAAAACCAAAACAGUGGCGGCUGAAUCGUGUUUUGCUAGCUCAAGUUGUUUUGUCUCGAUAUUUUUGACCAACUAGUUGGAUUUUACUGAAACAAUUAUUCCUCUCGCCCAGCCUUCAGCCUCAUGGGCUAUUGACUCAGAGCCCAUUCGGGCUUGAGGAAUAACUGUUAAAAAGUUCUCUUUUUGCCCGAAAAGCGCUCGUAAAUACUGAGCGAGUGCCCCCUGAGCAUCCUAUAAUACUCCUUAAAUCUAAUAAAUUCAAUAUGUCCGCCGUAUGGGUAAAAAGGUGUAUUAGUAUUGAGGUAAUCUCGUCUUUGAAUCUAAAGGUCUCUAUCCUUUUUCUAUCAAAUCAAUUCUUUGUUAAUGACUAAGCCCUUAUCGACUCCUAACUCCGCAAGUCCAUCUAUGAACACAUUUAACGCACGAGGUUUGGUCACAUAAUCGUUAUGAGGAACUGGCGUUGAAGACACUCAACUAGCUCGGUAAUGUUUGUCACGGGAAUUACGCGUUUAAAAAAGCGUAAUGCAGGUGCAGAGCAGUUGUUUUUCUCACGAAACUAAUUGUUUUUUGACGUUGUUGUUGUCGUCUUCGUCGUUUCUGAAGGUUUCUAAUGUUAAAUCUGCCGACUCAGUUAACAUGUUUAAUAUAUAAAAAAGCGACUUUAUCAAACUACUUCUUUCCAAGCAAGAUCCGGAUUUGAAAACAGCAAGUUUUAUGAAAGAUUGGUAGAAUCCUUUGGCAAUAUCUAGCCGAUAUUUUGAAAACCAAACUAACAAAAUUCGCAGAAAUUUGAGUGAAAAGGAGUCAAGGCAGGUUUCUUAAGCCCGAGAAGCUCCAAAAUCACAGUAACGAAGGAAAAGGAGAGGAGAAAGAGAAAGAGCGAAGAGAAGGAAAAGAGGAGGAAAAAAAAAAGCAAUAGUUGCACUCUUAGUUUUUAUAAUAGCUUCUUUGGAGAUCUAUCCACCCGUCCUAACGCACCAUAGGGACACCAAUGUGAAAUGUCUAAUUUUCUAGCUAGUGUGGGAGCCUGUAACUUGUUUAGACAUCCAUAUUAUGGUCAAUUGACAGGUGUCAAAACGGUAUCUGCUGACCAGUGUCACAUGUAUCGCCAGCUCAAAUUACCAACUCAUGGAGGUAGCGUGUUUGUAGAAGUUUUCCGCUCACCAGUUGUUAGCUAUUAAAUGAUCGCUGGCUCAAGUUUAUGUUUUAUAGUCAAAUGGUUUUUCUGUAGAGUUAAGUAUAGUUUUGUGGUCUUUUCAAUAGUUUAAAGUCUAUUGCCUGCAGUAAAUUUAAAAUGCAUAAACGGGAGCUUCGCUUUUAGCUUUGACUAAAUAUAUAUAUUCGAAAUGUGGUGGUGGUGAAGAAAAACAAUAGAAAAGUGCUACUGGGGGUGGUAGAGGGCAAACAGUUGAAAAGUGGUGGUGGGAGAGGAAGACUGAGCAAAAAAAUCUUUUGGUGGUAGAAAGAGCCAGUUUGCCUUCAUCCUCCUUACCAUCUAUAAUUUUCGCGCCAAGAAUCAGUGAACCGGAACCAUGACUAUAAGCUGUCUACAAUGGACAAUGACAGCGGCGGGAAACUGAUCGUUCAUGGUUACUUUAUGGCUUAGUGAUUUUAAUUCACAAGCUUAUUCCUUCGACAACAUGAAUCAACCAAUGAAAAGUUUUCUUAGCUUCAAGUCGACCAAUCAAAAACCAAGACUGAGUCAAUGCGAAAAUUACCCGAAAAUCUUUCAAACCGGUUAAAGAGUAUACGAACAUGACAAACAGGUUCAAUCGGUCAAGGUUAGGUGAGGCUAUUGUUUCUAUUGUAUUUGAAAUAAAUCUCAUUUUACUCGUGAGGUAAAGACAAAAAGCUAUGACGUCAUCGACGUUAAGGUAUUCACCCCUCUAAUAAGGAUUCCUCCCUAAAAAGGUCAAUUCGGUCCUUAUUAUACUACUAAACCAGAAAAUAUCCCAUCUACAAGAAAAGAAUAUAACAAAUAAACUCGAAAAAGAGUUAAUAAAAGUAUGCAAAGACAAACGAAUGUUACCUAUCAGUGGUGAAAAUAAAAACUUUUUCAAAUGUGUAUUUUUGCUGUUAAUUUUGCCUUCUUUUAACCUUAGGUUCAUGUGCUCUUCGCCCAGGAAGUGCUGCUGGUGGAGGAGCCAUUGAAAUUGUAGCAGAUAAAGGAUGCAUAACCAUAAGUAUUAACCACUAGAAAAUUCUUUGUAAACUAUUUAAUAUGUAACUUGUUAACAACGUAGUACCCUAAAAUGCUAAAGUGUGCUCAGGAAAAAUAUAAGUCUGAUGACGACUGCUACAUGAGCAGAGAUAUUGUCCGGCUUCCCACAAUAACCAUCAUUGCGGAACAUCUUGUGGAGUGUAUUGUUUAUAACUCAUUUUCCUGAUUUCAAUGCAACACUGCAAAUUUUUCAAUCAGAAACUGUGUUUUAAUCGUCCUAUCAUCCUGUAUCUAUCUCAGGCUUAAAACUGUUCCUUGAAGAAGAUCCUUAAAUGACCCAAUUAACAGAAAUUCAAUUAGCCUGUUCACGCCACGCCUUCAGGAAAUAAAAUUAUUUCCUUUUAGUAUAUACUAAAACGGUGGAUAGUGUUUUUCACGUGCUCUGAUUGGCUACUCAAUCAAUGAAUACCGUGCAGCCGUGCACUACUCUCUGAUUCACCUCCAGUUCCUCCGAGCGAGCGACACCAAACUCGCGCAAGUUGCGGGUAAAAAUGCCUUCCCGGUUUGCUGCCGUAAAGAAACAAAGAAAUUUCACAACUAAUCAAGCACGCUGUUCCCGUAAAACACGAAGAAUUAAGGUGACGAAGUUCAAAGUGGAAGUUUUAACAGGUAAAACUUUGUCUUUUUGACUCGAAUUUAUCGAUAAAACCGAUGAAAAAGUUUUCUUGUUUACAAAUGCAAAUUAAGCUUAAGUCUUGCGUUACUUUAUUCAGUUGACUUGUUCAUAAACAAGAAUCGCCGAAAGGCGAUUUUUAACUGGGCUGCAAAGGGGCUAUUUUUUCUGAGGGGAGGGGGCGGCUAUACAUACUCAGGCUACCAUAAAACCUUGUCGGCAACCAUUGCAUGCAACAGAAUCUCAUGUGAGACUAAAACAUAAACUCAUUCAGAACAUUGUACCCUUUUGAAAGACUCUCGUAACCCCCAAAAAAGAGUACCAUUUUUAAGUGGGGGGUGUAUAAUAACUUUUAAAGUCCACCAUUAUGAAUAAAAAUAAACAAGUUAGCCACUAAUUCUAAACAGGAAACAAUUUGCAUUAUUUCCAUGCACCCCUCCCCCAAUCCCUCUGUGCCCCAAAAUAUAGCGUGACAGUAUAACGUGACUAAUUUGACGUAACCGGAAAUUCCAAAAAUUGCUGUCCUUCCACGAGAAUAAAAUGCGACAGACUGAGCUGAUUUACACUAGACAGAAAUAUUGUAUUGUAUGAAAACCAGAAGUAUACUAAAACAGACAGUUAACUACCCAUUGAUCCCGCCUGAUCCAGGGGCCUCACUGACUGCACGGAGACUUAACGGCGCUUUUCACAAACAUGCGAACUCUAAAGUUCAAAAGCCACCUUCACAAUCGUGUUUAUCGCUGCCGUCAAUCAUAAUUACGAUCACAAGCAACUAACCUUGAAACAGAGAAACACACAAAACGGAUCGAAAUCCACAAAUCACAAACCAUGACCUUUUGAACCCGUGAAGUAAAGUUUUGUUUCCUAAGAGGUCCGUUGAGAUGAUUGACAGCAGCGAAAAACGCAAUCGUCGGUUGGGUUCUGAACGUCAGGAUUCGCAUGUUUGUGAAAAGUGCGAUCCUAAUUUGCGGUCCACAGUCUACAUGAAAACGCACUAUUUUUUCCACAAGAUGAAAAAAUAUUCAGUUUUUAGAUUUUCCUCAUGGUAUUUUUCUUUAACUUAAAGGAAUAAAAUCCUUUGCAUUUUGUGACCUCAAAAAGUUUAAAGAUUUCUCGCUCGCAUGUUGCGUUCACCAGCACGCACUUCAAACAAUGUAAAUAGAUGAAACGAUCGAUAACAUAUUUUUUACCUGAUACCGAUGUGAGUUAAAAAUUCGCUCCAGUUCUGUUUGUCUCACCCAAGACUAACUUUUCUUCAUGGAAGAUAACUAUGCCGCUUUAUAACUCGUCCGAAGUUUUUGUGCCAGCUAAACAAUAUUGAAACACUAUUCACAGUGACUCCUUGGAUAUUAAAAAGACUGAACGUGACACACUAUUAUGCCUUUGUUUACUUCUGAUCACAUCUUCAAGCGAAGUCUCUCUUUUCAAGAGAUUCAUCUCAAUGCACAAUAAUUGACCCUCAUAUUAGUUAAAAUCCUAUGGUUCAUUUAUAUUAAUGCUGUUUUUGCCCCUCACAUUGACUGUGUUCGUUCGUAUUCAAAACACCUUUACGAAAAUAAAGGUCGUAUAAGUCAUGUGUGUUUAAUAUGUUUCGAGAUAAAUGGAUUAUACGCUUUUUUAAGUUUCCAUUUUGCGGUGACUUCAGUUUACAUCUCCAUAAAAUGGUGAAAGAAUUAUCAAGAAACAUUACGAGAGCUGAAAAUUUUUAAAGGCAUGUUUCUGAAACUCGCUAAUGCUGACAUCAAUAUAGCGUACUUGCUGAAUGGGCGAAAACACAGAAUUGUGAUCACAAGAUCUUGUACAAAUUUAAUGAAAACAAACAAAAGCAAACCCCCUGAAACCUCGACGUGGGCUACACUUGUAUGCUCUACUCAGUCACCAAACCUUGUCAGUAAUAGCUCCUAUUUUCCUCAAGCCGCUCUCUGUGAAGCUCCCGGAUGGGAUGUCCCGUGAAGCUUUAAACUUGUGUGCGAAAUUCUCAGAGUUCCUAUUUUUGUCCAUGUCUUCUUUAUCCUCAGUAUCCGAAAUUUAGACCCCCAAAGUGGCAUAUGUUGCACUAAAUAGAAGGAAAUAUUUAAAGGAUAAGCCAGUCUUCUAACAUGGCAAAGUUGUCACGUCCCUCGCUCAUGGACGUGCGUAGUGCCUUUCAUCGGCAACUGAGUUGUUCGCUUCACUGACUAUGACGGCUUACAAUCAAGUCUUCAGCCAUAGUGUCGUCAACUGGUGAAAUACUUUGCUCAUAAAUNUGCGAAAUUCUCAGAGUUCCUAUUUUUGUCCAUGUCUUCUUUAUCCUCAGUAUCCGAAAUUUAGACCCCCAAAGUGGCAUAUGUUGCACUAAAUAGAAGGAAAUAUUUAAAGGAUAAGCCAGUCUUCUAACAUGGCAAAGUUGUCACGUCCCUCGCUCAUGGACGUGCGUAGUGCCUUUCAUCGGCAACUGAGUUGUUCGCUUCACUGACUAUGACGGCUUACAAUCAAGUCUUCAGCCAUAGUGUCGUCAACUGGUGAAAUACUUUGCUCAUAAAUUGUGCUUCUUAAUUGCUCAUGUACUACAUCGAUCGAUAGUUCACAAAGCGGCCACGGCGUUCCAAACCUGACGCUCACAGUCAUCUUUUCAGUCUUUUAGUGUGAACCUACCGUGAACGGCGUGUCGGUUUGCAACGCGAGCAUUUCUCUGAGUUUCCCAGCGCCAACAUCAUCUAACUGACGUAAACUCGAACAAUAAAAAAAUUAUAGAGUGACUCUCAUGGUCGAAUCGCUUCGGAACAACGCAAAUAGCCUUCUUCAGGUUCGCAACGCCUUGUGGGUUUUUCAGGGGGAGCGCAGACAAGGUACAAAAAGUAUCCGUGCAAGGCUCCAUGCAAGAGAAACUCACAUGAAAGCAUUUGUGAGAACAUCGUUUCUCGGUACCAGACCCUCGUGUCUUCCCUCCCCCGGGAGACCACUUUUUGACACCGACGACCGAAAGCCCAUUUUAUGACUGGGCCGCACAGGCAGCCCAGUAAUAAGCUUAAAACUAAAUUUAAUAAUUUUUUUUUACAGAAUGAUUUUAAAUACCAAAAGAAUUCACAACUCCUUUUAAGGAAAUUUCCCCGCAAGAGUUAAACAAAUGCCUUCAAAAGUUUUAUUUGUCGGCAAGAAAAAGCGACGACCGCGGCCGUUCGGUCAUUGCGCGCCAAAAUUGUAAUCGUUGCAGGCAACAGUAAAGGAGUUAAAAAGCGUCAUUUUUGUGCUCAAUUAUCCCACUGCUUUAGUAUAUACUAAAACAAUUAUUCACCUCAGUGUCGGUGGCUAGUGGUGGUGGGUAUUUACCUCGCCGCUAAGGCGGCCUCGCUAAAUAUCCACUACUAGCCACCUCCACUUCGGUGAAUAAUUGUUAUUUAUCAUUUGUUUUAUUAUUUAUUGAUAAGGAAUACAUUUCUUCGAUGACACAUUUUAUUUCAAUACUUUUUAGAUGCAAUCAUCAGAGCUUCAGCUCAGAGUGAAACAGUCGAAUCAUGUUCUGGUGGAUCUGGUGGACUUAUUCGUCUUAACGCUUCUCAUGUAAUCCAUGAUUGUAAUGUGUAAUUUACGUUUACUCAUUAUUUUUCUGGCCUUUUUUACUUUUGACAGCAGGGUUCCUACAGGCAAAGUUUGACUCUCUAUCUACAACAGUCUACAAAAUUCGCAGUUAUUUUUUUUAAAUAGCAGCUAAGUUUGACUAGGUGUAAUUACGGGACUGUCUCUUUCGCAGUUACUGUAAACACUUUUGUAAGCCACAACCUCAACUUUUCAAUAGAGGAGCGGUUCUUCUCUGUAUUAAAAAGGAGUGCAUACGUCACGGAUGAUGAUUUUACACCAUAGGAGAAGUUCGACUAUGUAUAAAUGGCAAAGUCUCUUGUCUUCGCAAAGCUGUCUCACGUAAACAAACAAAAGAAGAUAAAAUCAAUAGGGAAGGCCUUUCUAUUACACGCGCAAACGAUCUCUUGAAUCCCCGCCACUUCUCUAAGCCUCGUCUUCCAUUUUCAGACGGAGUGAGGAUGUUCGGAGGCUGAAAUAUGAACAUUUUCAUACGAAUUGGCUCUGACAGGAAGGGUAGCGUUCGAGACGCGAACACAGACUGAUUUGCUUGCAUCUUUUUUUGAAAAUCAACAAAUAGAUACACCGAGCACUUAACAAAGCGAAGUUUCUAAGGUUGGUAAAGUCAUAAAACUGUAUUUGUAGCCACCAUGAUUUCGUAAGCUCCCCAUGCUACAUGAGGUUUAUUUUUCGAAUCCGCAAAACUAAUACUACUGAUUUUUAAUUUCAUCUUCACGAAUUUUGCCACCCCCUUUUUUGAAUAAAAAUGUCAUAGACGCUUUUUCCAGAUUCUAGUUUAAAAAAAAAAUGAUGGAGUCCCCCUUAUCAGAAAGUUCAAUCUUAUCUCAGUUAAUGGGCUAGGAAGUUAUUGUGUUCGAGGUACGAGAACGCAACCCCCUAAUUUGUGUUGGGUGCUCCAUAAUUCUUCACUGAUACAAAAGACGAAUUCAAUAAUUGUUUUGUUAUUCAUUCAAAAUAAUUCCUAGUUUAAAAACAACCUAGUCCCCAAGUCUUCUCGGUUAACGGUGCAUUAAUCUGCAAGAACGCUGCAUUUUUGACGUCAUUUCCUCGUUAAACAUAAAAUUCUUCCAAAUUUGGUUGUCAGUAACUGGUUAUGGUGAAUUAUGCGUGUGCUUUUAGCCAGUCAGAAUCGGGGAAAUAUUUUGAAUGAAUAGUAAGGGAGGUUUUUUUGAGAAUGCAUCUUCGUCGUCGUCGACAUAUAUUUGCCUCGCUUUGAGGCGCUUGCUUACGUUUUGCCUCACUUUGACGCGCUAACUCACUUGGUGAUUCGUGUGUCCUCGGCGUUCAUAUUUCAAACGUUUGCUGAGGUCUGCUAUUCUGUCUUCGUAAAAUGUUAUCUUUUAAAAGUCUGCUGAAUUUUCGUAAAGCGUACAAAUUUAAGUUCUACUAUCGAUCUGUGUUAAAUGAAUCUUCCAAAGCGUUCAUCUUUCAAAAGUGUGCUGAAAGUUUACACCCUGGGUAAAAUUUUACUUUGGAUAAAGCCUUCAUAUUUUUCUUUGGAAAAUGCGUGCUACUACUGGUGCAUGCAUCAAACCGGGUUGUUUAGCUCGGUAAAUUUACCGGCGAGUUGUGAAGCCCAGCGUCUGUUGUGCCACAAAGUAAAUCUACUUGUUGUGUAGCUAGGCGGCCGUAGUGCCACAGAGUAAAUCUACCGAGAUGUGUAGCUCGGCGGCACCAUUUCAUCAUGACGUGUGAUGUUUUCGGUACUGGACAAACGAACAUUUUAGCUAGGCAGGUACAGAAGUCGGGACCGCCAGUCCGGGUCGGAUCAACUCGGAUCGACUCAGAUCGAAUAAAAUAAUAAAAAUAAAAUAAAUUGGACUCGGAUCAACUCGGAUCAUAAAAAAGUCAACCCGGAUCAUAAAAAGAAAAAUAAAAUCAGUCGGCGUCACUUACCUUUCACCUGCCAUUUUGUUUUUUUCUUGGUUGCGUAAAUUAAUUUUAUUUUUAUUAAUUUUAAUGAUACACUAGUGAGCAGCACACAUACACUUCCAGUGAACAUUUUCAACUUGGAAGGAGGAGAAACCAUGCUCGCCCGGGACAAAGGAAAUUUUCAUGCCCCGGGCGAGAAUCGAACUGGCGACCCGGCUUCAUUUUGCCAACAAGUUGAUGAUUGGACGCUCUUAAAAAUAACUGAGAAAAUUAUCCAAAGAAAUGUUUUUUAACAAAAGAAAAAGAAACCCGGGUUAAGCGCUGAUCGGCCUUCGAACAACUGCGCCCAGUGGAACAUCUAUUGCGCCAUGCAGUAAAACAAAAAGUCAUUUUUAAACGCCCGAAGCACUCUGGCCAGUGUCUCCUCAAAUAACAAGCACUUGAGACGAACCAUAUGAUAUCACGCUGAUCACUAGCCUCACUGUAAUUUUCAGGGAGUUAUAAUAACUCCUCUAGUGGGGCUAAUUUAACUCCUUACAUUGGAGUUAUUUUUCGUGGAGUUUCUUUAACUCCAAAAAGGAGUUUAAAGAACUCUUUUUCAGGAGUAAAAGUGACCCCAGAUAUUGAGGAGUUAAAAUAACCCAAAAAAAGGAGUUAUCCUGUACCUAAAAUUUUUACUCCACUUUCAGAGUUAAAUUAACUCCAAAAAGAGUAAAAACAACCCAUGUAAGGAGUACAAAUAACCCCAUUUCGGAGUAAUUUUAACUCCAGACUGGCAGUAAAAAGAACUCUUUUUCAGGAGUAAAAAUGACCCCAAAUUCGGAGUUAAAUUAGGAGUUAAAAUAACCCCCAAAAAGGGGUUAUCCUGUACCUAAAAUUUUUACUCCAUUUUUGGAGUUAUAAUAACUCCCUAAAAAUUACGGUGCUUCAAAACCUUUUCAUUAUGAUACACAGUUAAAGUCGAGGGUUCGCUGUACGCAAGCCUUACGUUCAAAAUAUGCCAGAAUCAUAGUUAUCUGCCGCAAGAACCAUCCACCCUUUCCCCUCCACUGCUACCUGUACGCCUAGCAAACAUAUCGAACGCACUCUUCUAAGCUCCGAUUACUCCUUAUUGAUUUAGGUGUUACCUUACUCUACUCUUACGAAGGAGAACAAGUGUUAAAAUAGAUCUAUUUACAACUCAGAAAGGAAAUAAUUCAAACUUAGCCUUUAUGGCUAAAUUAUAAACAGUUAAAUUUGGAGGCAGUAUGUAAGAUCGUUCCCAGGGUAAGAAAAAGGUCAGAGAGUACGUCUGCGUUUUUUGGGAAAAUCGCCAAAUCCGGAUAUCUGGAUCCAAACAUGAAUGUUGCUUUUUUUAGAUAUGACAGGACACCAAGGGUCGAUCCAAAGUUUUGUUUUUUUAACUUUCUACUUGUCACCUGAUUUUACACUUAAACUGACCACGAUUUUCAUUGGUUUAUUUUCUUCAGGUUGAACUAAAGGAGCAAGGAAAACUUAUUGUUGAUGGAGGAAAUGGAAAAAGAGGAUCAGGGGCAGCUUUCCAUUUGGGUGGUGGAGCAGGUGGAAUCAUACAAAUAAUAUCAGCUGCUGGUCACCUGUCGCCUAAAGCUUUAUCUCUAAAACGAGGCACUUUAGUUGGGACGUGCACUCCAGAUACAGAACAUGGAUAUUAUUUUAUAGCAGGUAAUUUGCUAUUGCGUACUAUCCAGAAAUGCAUGCCGAACUAAAGGCGCAAGGAAAACUCAUUGUUGAUGGAGGAAAUGGAAAAUUACGAUCAGGGGCAGCUUCCAGUUUGGGUGGUGAAGCAACAUCACCUGCUGGUCGCUUGCCCCUUAAAACUUUAUCUCUGAGACGAGACACAAAAGUUGAGAUGUGCGCAGAGACCAACGAAAAUGCGUUAGAUAUUACUAUUUUGUAGGAGGUAAUUUCCUUUAGCGGAAUAUCCAGAAAUGUAUACUCCUGUUUGCCUUGUAAUUGGGCAAUACAUGUAGCCAAUUGACUCAACUCCAAAAUCGGGGGGAGGUGGGGGGGGGGGAGGGGGGGGGAGAGAAGGGAAAGGGACCUGCCCGUUAAAAGUUUCACCAAUCAAUGAAAAUCCAAAGUGAUCUCAGUUAAACAAAAAAUUUAAAAAAUAUGAAUUGUUAUUCCCAAGUUUAAAAUUCUUGCCCCCCAACCCUGAACAUAUAAGUUGUGUGUCGUUUCUUGGUUUGUUGAGGAGGUUUUUUGUAUUUGGAAAAUAAGACAGGUUUGAGCUGUCUGGUGUGGGGGUGGGUGGGUGAAGGGGGGGGGGGGGUGGGGGGGGGGGGGGGGGGGGGGGGGGGGGGGGGGGGGGGGGGGGGGAGAGAGAAGGGAAAGGGAUCUGCCCUGUAAUAGUUUCACCAAUCAAUGGAAAUCCAAAGUGAUCUCAGUGCAACCAAAUAUUUCACAAAUAUGACUUGUUAUUACCCAGAUUAAAAGUCCUGCCACCAAAACCCUCUGGCAAAGCAACAUCUUUUCUUGAUAAGAAGAUUUAUUGUCAUUGGACGGGUGCGAAAGAAGUUGUCGAAUAUGUCGGGUGUAUUUUCUAAAAGUAUACGCGGCUAUUUCCUGCCGAUAUUUGAUCAUUGCUAUUUUGUGUUUUACAAUUCUGGUCUGAAAAACCCUUUAAAUUACAUCCAUCCCGCUGCGGACUGGGUUGGGAUCCAUUUAUCUUUAAUAACCAAUGUAUAGAAUGUCUGACGGAGUAUAAAUAAUUAAAGAGACCUAACUGGUUUAUCUAUUUAAUGUCAGAUAUCUCCAGAGGGGACAAUGUAGAGAUAUAUCCUCCUACAAAUCCAUAUAAAUGGAGUUCAAGUUCGUCUUUAUCAAGUCCAUUACAAUGCUUCAGCGUCACACCCACACACCAAAGUAAGUAUCAUUCAGCCCAUCCCAUGUAAAUCCAAAUUUGUGGCAAUUUUAAUGUUAAGCAGUGAAAUAUUCUUCCUAUUUUCGUUUUCUCUGAUUUUGAUGUAGCAAGGAGUACAUGUACAUAAUUAUAAGACUUGUUUCAAAAGUAAAUGGUGCGAGUUAGAGACUUUGACUUAGACUCUUUAGGGCGUUACAAGUCUUGAAUAGCAGACUGGUUGAUAUGGUAAUAUGUUGUAUGUAUAUAGUCUAUCUUUGGAAGCAGUUUCUGUGCAGCGACUUUGGUGGAAGAUACGCUGCACUAGAAUAACAAAGUGAAAAAAACCACUGCAAAGUAGUAGCAAGAAAUCCGCUCCUUUAGGGUGUCGAAGUACACAAACGUAUCUGUACAGUUGAUUAUUAUUUGAAUAGGCUUAUUGUACGCGAAUUCGGCGGUAAAGACCUCUGUGACAACUGUAAGUACUAAAACCGAUAAGCAAAGCUCAUCACCGAGGUGCAUGUGAUACAUCUAGCUGAACAUCUAACCAGUCGAUAUCCUGAACUACUGCAAAAUGGUGGUUACGCGAUCAGAAAUAUUCGUCAACCCAAGGUAAACGCCUGCACUGAUGCAGGCUAACGAGCAGAAAAAAGGGCACGAAUUCAAGCACCCAGCAAAUCUUCAUGAAGAUUGUAAUUCAUCUGGAGGUUAACCUCAUGCAAUUCAUGUUACUAAUAUAAAUUAAGCCAAUUUUAAAGUGUAAAAAUUGUUUAAAGCACUCUAGACUUUUAAAGCUUCAGGUUAAAAAGGAAAUUUAGUACACUCUUUAAGUGUAAUCUUACUGAUUUGGUCGCACUGUUUCUGGCAUAAGAUGUAUUAAGCAUUAGUCAGUGAUAAGUGCAAUUGCUAGGGGCUGUAAUGUGAUCUAUUCAUUUUCUUAUAUUAACAAGGCAGAAAAUAAUUCCUUAAUCACUAUGACCAUCUCCUAUAAUAUUCUUAAUCAGGUUUUACAGGCACGACUUUCGUUGUGACCUCAUCCGGGUCAACGAGUCCACUUCAGUUUUCUUUAGUGGCGCGCUCAGCUAUAAUGGGUUUGUUUGUAAUGUUAUCUCACACUGACUCUAUUAUGACUAAAGGCUUACUAAAGGCUUAUGUCUCUUGUUUAAUCCAUUCUGGUUCAUUAAUGUCAACAGAGGUCAUUUAAUAAGCCCUCGAAACAUCGAUCACAUGUUGACUUCUUUUGUUAAAGAAAUUUCAACAAAUUAAAUUAAUUUUGGCCAUUUGCUGACAUUGUAGGCAAAUGCUUAAUGUAGAAUUUACAACGCGUAACCCUCUUUCAUGGUUAUUUAUAACGCAGCACCAAAGAAAGAAUAAUUCUGGAAAUCAUGCUUAAUUUUUACUAAUCUAACAUGCUAAUAACAUAAUUCCAUGACGCUUACAAUUUUUAUCAGGUAUCAGCACAGACAGUGUUUUGAGUCCUUCGGCGAGUCAAGUACAGUCAUCAACACCAUCUACAUCACAAGGUCCUUGGCAAAUACUAACUAUAUAUGCUUCAUAUUUCUUGAUUCACAUUCUACAGUCAUGUUGUCAUAUGGAACAUUUUGACAACCUUCUUUAAAGGAAAACAUCACCGGCUUACUGAGAACUAUAACUUACCUUGUGAAGAAAUAUAAAUUAUAAUUCCAUAGUACACUCAAUUUUCGUAUUCCUUUUUAUCAAUGUAACCUUCCAGCUAAUGUUCGAAAUAUCAUAUUUAUUGAUAUGCAAUAUCUACCACCAGUAACCCAACCGUGCAUCAUUGUUUGCUAUGAAUCAGUCCGUUUCUAAGUUGAUAAUUUUAUUGUUGGUUUAGAGCGUGCGCAAGAUACGAGCUCGUAAUGCAAGAAUAAUUCUGGAAAUCGUGCUUAAUUUUUACUAAUCUAACAUGCUAAUAACAUAAUUCCAUGAUGCUUACAUUUUUUUAUCAGGUACCAGCACAGACAGUGUUUUGAGUCCUUCGGCGAGUCAAGUACAGUCAUCAACACCAUCUACAUCACAAGGUCCUUGGCAAAUACUAACUAUCCUUCAUAUUUCUUGAUUCACAUUCUAUAGUCAUGUUGUCGUAUGGAACAUUUUGACAACCUUCUUUAGAGGAAAAACAUCACCGGCUUACUGAGAACUAUAACUUACCUUGUGAACAAAUCUACUUCUCUCGGCAUUAUAAACAUAUAGACCUUUUUCACGUGACGUCACGUCCACCAUGUUGUUGCCACAAAACAGUAAAACGGCGGCCAUGUUGCUGUCCCAAACCAAGUUCUGUGGCAGUUAAACUCUUUUUCUACGUAAAACCUUUCUUCAUUUUUCCCAAUAAAUUUGCAUAGCUCAUGGUCACGUGAGUGAAAACGCUCCAUAAUUGAUAUAUUAAAGUAACAUAAUUUAUUUCUUGUACGUCAACAUCACUCACUUUUUUAUCCUGAACUUCACUCCUUUCAGGUCCUGCAGUUAACGAGUUCAUGGAAAAAUGGGAAGCCAUAUAUGUAAGUCAGUAAAGGAAAUAAAACAUGCGUUUCGUCACUGAAAUGUUUUAUUCAGUUAUUGUUUUACAUACCAGAGCAACAGGACCCGGGAGGUAUUCGCUGUUGUAACAGACCCAGAAAUGUAAUUGGGGGAAUUAAAAACUAAGAUAAAGCUGGGAAAAAUUGAACAUCUGACUGAGAGCAUCAGUAUUUAAAAAGGGAAUACACUCAUGUCGACAACAGCCUGAACUGAAUUUAAUGAUACACCCCGUUGCUCCUCCCCUCGGCAACUAAUUGUUCUUCUUUUGCUUCUUUUUUCCACAAGGCCUCGCUAAUUCAAAGUGGCAAACUAAACGAAUCUGCUAUUCUGGAAAAUCUUGCAACUCACAAGCUACUGCUGUCAAAUAAUCGGUCACCUAAAGACUUGGAAGAUUUAUGUCUGAACAUUUUUGAAAACUAUACCGCUAUAGAACUUGAGAUUGCUAAGCGUGAUCCUGCCUUUGCAGUGGUAAGUAACGUGGGAUAUGCUCCAUUCCACAGCCAGUUAAUGUAUCUGCUACAACAAAGAGGCGUGAAUUUUUCAGUCAGUCCGGUAGAACACCGGUGGAGGCUGCCAGGAUAUAGCACCCCUAAUUUCUUGCAGUGCAGCACUGAAAAACGGCCAGUACUUUUCGGCCUACCACUCUCUGCCUUGGAGGUUUGAAAGAACAAUAAUAAAUAAAUAGAUUAGUUUAAAAUCUGCGUAAGGAUUUACCUAAUGAACAAUAUAACAUACAAGGCUGCUCUUUGUUGGUAAGCCAGCUGCGUAAAAUAACUGAGAGUUUUUCCUUAUCCUCAAGAUGGUCAAACGUCCGUCAAGAGGUACCCUUGAAAUGGGGCAUUAUUGUCUGGUACCGGAGUUAGAAAACGGGUUAUAUACUGUAGAGUAUAGAGUAGUUUCCGCAGACAAUAUUUCAAAUUGAUCGUAACGUUAUAUUUUAGGUAUCGCUGCAAGGCAUUUUGAACGCCGCUUCAGAAUGUAUUCUUGAGAAGAAUCAUAAUUUCUGGAAGCAAAAUCAACAGGUUCGUUACGUAUCUGAAUGUUCGAUAUAUGGUACAGUGAAGUGUAUCUCACCGGACUCCCGACUAGUAAUUGACCCCCCUAGAGGUUUGAAGAAAAAAAGCAAUCAACAACUCCUGUCGAGUUUAAUUUGAUCGGCUCCCAGUCUCCAAUGAUACCUCUUGCAUUUAAACAAAUGAAGAAAUAGGUGAAGACUCUCUAAUGGGUUAACGUCAUUAUUAUUAUUUCUGAUUUUUUAAUUAACCAAUAUUUAACGAUAACCCUGAAAAUGGAGAUUUCAAGCCAAGACAACUGUUUUUGAAACCACUUGUUUAUAAAGUGUUAUGCAGUGUUACACAGUUUGUGUAUAUUCUAAUUUAGCCGAAAAGAACAUUGUGUUUUUUUCAUAUAGAGGAGUUCGCCAAGCGGGCUGUUUGGAAGGCAGAGUUAGUAUUGUAUUCUAAUUAAAAAUAUCUAAGUAUGGUUCGAGUCUAAAACUGUUUUUAUAGUUACAGUUGAAGUUAACGUAAUUCAGUUCUUGCCUAGGCCAUAUUUUUCCGCCCGGCCGAUGCUUUUCGGGUCACGUGGUCGAAUACGUCACCGAAAUGUAUUGACCGAGAAGGCCUGGUAAGUCACCGUACAGGAACAAGGCAAAUUUAGUUCUAUUCCGGUUUCUAUUAUUCGCUCUCUUAGAUGCCUAACCUGAUGGAGACUCUGGAAGAUGUGUUAAUAGCCACAGUUAAUGGAAACUCUUCCUUGGAAAUCAAUUACACUGUGACAUUUUCAAACAUUGGUAAGUGAUUCGCACGCAAUACCCGCGCGGGGAGUUUAAUUAAAUGAUAUUUAUCAUAACUGGGCUUUUUCGUAGUAUUUUCAUAGUAUUCAGGUUAAGCACGCAAGCUACACUUGUACAAUUUGCCUUGUACGCAAAUUGCAGACGAUUGCAAAAAUGAGUGAGUUGGGUUAGACGUGUUUUAGUUUCCCAAGGUUUAUGAAAACUAAAUACAUUUCUUUGAGAUCAAAAUUAAGCUUUAAGGUUACCAUAAUUACCAAACAAGCUGUAACUCAGUCAAACCAGUUACUGAUUACACAAACUGCGAAUUCUAUUUUAAACAAAGAACACGGGUAUUAUUGCACCCAGUGAAAGGUGGGAUGAAGUAGAUCUGUUUUGAGGUACCAAACUUGUAGACUUUUAUGGUGUUUAUAUCUGCUUAGAUAAGGUAGGUAAGAGUCAAAAUACACAAUUGUAUUUACUACAUCAAUACUCACUGAUAUCGUCUAUUGGAUUUGCAGUGGCGCAAGUGGAAAGGAACUUUGUGGAAGCCGUUGUAGAAGACAUCAAGAUUCCCCAUCACCCAAACGUUCCAGAAGACUCGUGGAAUAAAGAGUCGGAUUAUGCAUUAAUUCCUAAAGAGACGUUUGAAGACGGCAAAGGUGUCUGACUGUUUUCCUGUUGUAAAGAAUUGGCUAUAAUUAUUAUAACCUGUGUUUAACAUAUUAAUGUAUGCAUACAUCAUCACACAUACAUCACUUCACUUAUUCAAUAAUCUCAUUUAUUUAUACACUCCUUUAUCGCAGAGAAGGAUUAAGCAAUUAAUUCAUUCAGGCAUGUAUCUAUUUACGUUAUUCGGUUUAUAUGUAAAGUCUUAUAUCGUUCCCUAUAUUAAUAUCAAAUCUCGUUGUCAUUAUUUACCUAAGGUCAAAUUCCAACGGUAAAACAAAUGUUUACGAUCAAUUGUUUCUAACACUAUAAUUUAACUCAAGGACUAAUGGUAAUUUACUGCUGCGUGGUCUUUAUUCUUGUAGAAAACUACACGUAUGUUUUUGUGCUGUACAAAGACGUGAAAAAUUCGCUUCCUAACUCAAGAAGGUAGUGAAAUCAUUCUUAUUAUUUCACUUAUGGAUACUUUAGAAGUACUUUUUUGCUGAAAAAUAAACGUUGUUAUCAUUUUUUUAAAGUGGGAUUGGAGAAGACCUGGAAGUUUCCUCUUUUGUGAUGUCCUGUUUUUUGAUGCUUGAUGGCAAGCCUGUUACAAAACUUUCACGUCCUGCAUUAUUAAACUUUACAACGUCAACUUACAACGUUAACUUUACAACGUCGGUAGGUAACUUAGCUGACAAAUAUUUAAUCUAAGAAGAAGAAAACUUUAUAGUGUUUGAUCAUUAUUAAAUAGCCUCCAUAGGGAAAGUGGCAAGUAUGGGCACAGAAUGGUAAAUACAAGGCUUAAAAAUACUGCCAGAUUUUAAAAAGAAUUUAAGAUUGGGGUUAAAAUUCCUGUAACAUUCCAGACUGGGAAGCUGUUGAUAAAAUCGAUCCGUGAAGUACCAUGUUUUUGCUGGUAUAACUAAUUAAAACAAGGCUCAUCUUUGUUUCUUUUGCAAUGUUUGUGUUCUCAGCUGUAUUGUAUAAACGCACUAUGAACACCGUCCAUCACAUAUAUAUAAAUACUGUCCACCAGCAAAACAACCACCCGGGUUAAACAUAGGCACGUUAAACGUGCAUGAGCUAUUUUGAAUGCUUCAGUGUAACUUUACUGCUUCAGUGUAACCUUACCAAGAGUGAUGAAUCUACCUUUUUCGUCCUCAAUGUAGACUGGGUUUUUGUGCGAAAUUGAGUAUUGCCGUACAUAAACGAAAACGCGAAACGCUCAGCUGCGUCGAUCCUCAUGCUAUAUAUUCACUUUCCUCUGUCUUUCCCUGUUACAUUUGGUGCAAGUUAAACAAAUUGCUUAAGUAAAAUAUAUGUCUACUCCCCAAACGUUGAUUAGAAGGACAACUCUAAGGUUUCCUCGGAGUUUCUUAAGCCAAAAUGUGGCUCAUUGAAUUUGAGUAGUUAUGAAAUACCGGGAUUUUUAUCAUUGUGGUAUAUGGUUGCAUCAUCACAAUUCACGAGGUUUUCACGUGCGAUUCUACCCAGUGAAACAGUGUUUAACUCCGACAACUUAUUUCUUCACGUUUUAAAAGCUAUUGCUUCUUAAAAGACAAGAGCCUUUUUCAAGGCAUUGGUUACAAAACGAAACAGGUCUUCAUACGUACGUUCAAGUUACUAUUAUUAUUGUGAAAAGCCAAUCUGCAUGAGAUGUACAGUCACACAACUGGCACGUGAAAGUGUUGGACUUUGCCCCUUUCGUGGUUCGUACGUGAGGCAAUUCGAGUUAUCAUACAGUAAUCGAGUAAACAGAAUUAUAAAAAUAACUCAUGCACACAAUUUGCACGUAAAGAUGUUGGUCUUUGGCCCUUUUACAAUUCGUACUUUAAAAAAACGCAAAUUGUUUACUACAAAAUUUUCUCAAACGAUUUUAAGAAAUCACCUCGGCUUUACAACAUCUGCAAUUAAAUUAUGCUUCAUGUAACGUCAAGAUUGAUAGCCUAACAUUUAUUAACUUCCAAGAAAAUUAUCAAACUGCCGAAAUAUAUUUCUGCUCAUAUCAUGUUACUCCACUCAUGAAAGCAGUAUCUAAUUAUUGUGUCAACUAGCUUCUUCCAAUUUUAUUCCCUAACGCUACUGUUUCUACUUAAGUUACGCAUCUUUACGAAAUAAAAUAAGUUUCAAUACUUAUAAUGCUUAGUAUGCAGGAAGGAUGUAUCAUGUUGUUCACUUAUUAUUCUUUUUUUGUUUGUUUUUUUUGCCGGAACGAAAAAGGUCUGUUGAACUUUGUAAGCGAGAGAAUAAUAUUUCUACAGCUUGUUUACAGGAUUAACAAUACUCGGUACAGCUUUAAAAAAAUAAGCUGCCUUUCAAACUUCUCAAACCACAUUUUAUAGGCCGCAUACUUUCGAGUUAAAGUCCAUAUCUAGAUAUCAAUUAUUGCUUCACUGGAAGAGCUUUGAAAAUAUAUGAUCUUUUAUACUCUACUUUGAAGCAGGUGAAGCACAACUCAUAAAUACGUGCGUGGUACCGUUCGCGAUAGCCGAAUUCGGUCAGAAAUGUCUUAAAGUAGCAUCCACACUAAAAUAUGAACCCUUAAACAGCUGCAUUACUGUACACAGCGUUUGAAUCAUGAAGAUAUUUAAUAUAAUGUUUCCAAACACCUGUAGCCGUAAUAAAAGACGAAAAAAUUGUGAAGAAUCAAGAUGGCGGUCUUAAAGUGCCCUUGUUCGACCUUUGGCAAUAUCAUUUUUAAGUAGAUGCCAAGAUCUCAUUGGUUCCUAAGCAUCAACUCAUAGUACCUUCAACCUUAUUGGCGCUUGCAACAAACAUCCGAACAUACAAAGUUACAAAGAUACAAAGCCACAAAGAUACACACGCUCACACCACUGACAUAUGAGCUAUUUUUUUCAAAAUAGCUCAAAAACGUAACAGCAGUCUCUACAGAGGCAGACGCUGCGACAAAAGACACUGUACAGGGGAUAAAAACGUUCACUUACACGAGCAAUUUCCACCAAAAAAACCACUCUCUACAUCAUAAAACACUCUACGUGCCAUAAAGCACUAUUUACCGGGUGAAAAACUGUCAUCGACAUAAACUUGGCCCUCUAGGUAAGUCACCACCCUGUGGAUAAAAUACCGUCGGCCACAUAAACACUGUCACUGGAUAAAAUAUCAUCGUCCACAGGAUGAGCUAAUUCAACCAUCAGCUGGCUAAAGAUUUAUCCACUGGAUGGCACCAACAGAUGAUCAAAACACUCACAUUCAGAAGUUAUAGCUAUCUCACUUUCUACAUUACAAUAACGCAUGCCUCCCCACCCCCCCCCCCAACAAAACCUUCCACGUGCACAAUUUUUAAAGGGCAUUGUGAUGCUCAUGUUUGCAGGAAGUGGAGAACUCCAAAAAACAGUGCUCCUACUGGAAUGUCCACAAGAGGUGAAAUUGCUUUUCUUCUUUCAUUCCACGUAAUCGUUUGUCUCGUUCUUUUUUCUGAACUUUGUUAAAUCGAACGAACAGCUGAAGUGAUCAGAUUUACAAGUAAAUACAUAACUCAGUAUAUACAGGCUUGUUAUCUGGAACUGUGGACAGGAACCAUUUCACUGGGCUGUUUUGUUAGUUUUGAAGUUUGUACAAUUGUCUGACUGUAGAAUUCUAUAACGUACAAUUUUUUCUUUUGAGUAUACCAUAGUUUGUGGGCAAAUGACGGCGUUAAAGAGGAAAAAAAUGAACCAAGCUCCACACGAACAGUUUGUCAAACAAACCAUUUCACAAGUUUUGCGGUGCUCAUAAAACACCAAAAUACACAGGUAUGAUACCAGUCUAUUAUGUUAUUCUAUUUUUAAUUUUUUUGCCUUGCAAACUACUUAAAUUUUCUUUAAUGUUUAUAUUUCUGCGUAGGAUACCUCAUUUUGUUGAUGAAACCUUCUUAUAAGAAAACUUCAAGGGGUGAUAAGUAACCUUUUAUAAACUUUUUUUGGUAAGAAGCUGAUGAAAUCAUUUGGUCAGAAUAAGAGCGAGCUGCUACUGCUGCGGCCGCAUAACCUCAAGCAGCCGUGGCUUAGGCACCUAUGACAGCCUCAUCCGUAUCUCUGUCGUUUCCUAUUUUCCUCUGCUGUCACUGAACGAGCCAAAUACGAGCACAAAGUUUUGGUUAAUACUUUGUAUGAUCGACUCGGUGAUUAUUUCUAUGACAUUGUUACGUGACUAGUGUGACUUUCUAGAAGCUUCGCGAGAGUUCAUAGUUUGUUUAUUUUAGGAUCUUGUGUAAGCGUUUCUAAAGCGGUAUAUUUUGUAAUCUUUCUAUAAUUAGACUAUUUGGAAAGUUCUAGGUUGUUAUAUUGUGAAAGUAUAAAGUAAGUAGGCGAGUCCGAGUUAAGUUUUAACUAGUUUUCACAAGCCAAGACAGUUUGACGUUAGUCGUGUUUAGUCAAGUGUGACGAAAGCAGUGUUGGCGGAGGCCGUGUAAGUGCAUCAAGUUAACUGAAGUUGGCGGAGGCCGUGUAAGUUGAGCGAGUUACGUGCUGUUGUGGACUUUUACUUCGUGGAAACUACGUUCGUUGUUGGAAUAAAUCUUCUUGUUGCUGUUCCGACAACCCUGCGUUCAGUUUGGUUUGCAAGCUACCCGUCCUCUAAAAGAUUACCCGCGUAACAGACAUAUUUCAUUUACUUUUGUUUUAAAAAAGUUUGAUGUCUAAUAGCUGAUCGUUCUUAUGUUUGUUUUGGUAUUCUAAGGGCUGUUCUAGCAGUGUCGAGAUUUCAACUUAAAGCUUUCUUUUUCUCACAGAACUCAAAGAAAGACAAGUUAGCUCUUUCCAUCAUUACUUACAUCGGCUGCGGAGUAUCAACAGCUGCUCUUGCUAUUACUCUUAUUGUAUUGCUGAGUAUUGAGUAAGUGAAAUUAAAAAGGAAAUCUUCAAGCAAGCCAGUUUUGUCAGUAGGUGUUCUAUUGUGUUAGACAUAUAAUCGUUACCUUUUUCAGCAAUAAUUGAAUGAAAAAAAUUUUUGUUUUAGGUCUCUGUCGUCGGAGCGUCAUAAGAUACACAUGAAUCUUGCUUUGUCAUUACUACUUGCCCAAGCUCUUUUCCUGGCUGGCAUAAGGAAAACGUCAGACAAGGUAGGCCAAUGAUUAUUGCUUACCUUCUUGACAGUUCAUACAAUUAAGUGUACAAUCGACUGUGUAGCUAGAAACGUUAUACCGUAAAGCUAAGGAGGUAUUUACGUGUUUUUCCCUAGUAGUAAUGGGGUAUGUGAGGACUAACGAGACCUAAAUAUCGUUAGCCGCAAGGAUGCAUAUGCCUUACUUUGCAAUGAAGAUCGACUCUUUGAGUCAAACGGCUUCGACGCCUAAUAUCGAAACCGGGAUUUUACAGUUUGGAGUCGGAUAAAAGUAUGGAGAGAAAACAGCAUUUAUUGCUUUUAAUUGGUUGUGUCAGUGCGUAAACAUGCCAUUUGGUUUGUGUAAUGCACUCCACCUUUGAACGAUUGAUUAGCAGUUUAGUAAGAAACAUGCCUUUGUCAAGUUAUCUAGGGAACGCCAUUACACAGGCUUUAAAAACCGAUGCUGGUAUUGAAAAUCUCACGCUAAAUCUCAAGUUCAGUCCCCUCAAGUGCUUAUUGAUCCAAUUCCGCGUCGUAACAGGUCUAGUCAGAUUAAAUGUGCGUAUACGUAACUGACACUCAGGAAAGCCAAAGGGGUGCUCAGCUGCCUCGAGGUACCUGCGAUAUUUUGCUCACAGGAAAUCGAGAGUAUGCUAACCUGUAACAGUGUUAAAGAAUCCUCAAGUGAAGCAAAGGUUGCUAAAAUGCGAGACAGCUUAAUUAACUGACCUUUCCAAAACAGGCAAUGCCAAAAUGACGAGACCCAAAAGAACAAAGGAAACGAGUCAUUACCACAGUUCCUGAAGGCAUUCCACAAGGGCCUUCAUGAACUUCGUCACAUGCUCGACAGCUAUGCAGCUAAAAACGAUGAUGCUCCAGCACUGAGACCACUCCCCAGAUAAUCCUCAGCAAACAGAGGAAACGCCCUAGAAGCCAUCCUGAACAUGUAUUGAAAAAGGAUAAUUUAGCCCUUUGAAAGUCGAUAAGCCCUCGUAUUGUCCUCGUAAGAAUUACUCAAAUGAUUGCAUGUCCCUUACCUUGCACUGAUGAUAUAUUAGAUUAUUUUUCCAGCACGCAGUUUUGCUUUUUUGGAUUGUACAAUGCACCAGUAACUUUUGAGCGAGCGAAGCACAGAGAUGCCAGUUUCCCUUGUUACCAUACCGUUUACAGCGUAUAUUUAUCCUUUCAAAAGAGUAAAUCCUGUGCAGAAUGAGACAUAAUGUUGCCUUAAGUAAUACUGUCCAAGUUAGCGAAGUUGAUGUAAAGUAUUCCUAUGACUGAAAGGGAGAAUUUUAAAUAUUUCUAGGUGCUUUGCAAAACUAUUGCCGUGUUUCUUCACUACUUUUUUAUGACUGCAUUCACUUGGAUGUUAGUUGAAGGAGUGCAUUUGUACUUAAAAGUGGUCCAAGUAUACAAGUCUGAGAAUCUCAAAAUGUUUUAUUACUAUGCUUCAGGAUGGGGUAAGUAAAUAUAAUUUCGAUCUUGAUUUAUAAGGUAAAUCAUUAUCGGAAGUAUGUUAAAGCCCAGCUGUCUCUGCUCAAACUUUUCGUCGAACCUUUUUCAGCCUGUCAAUUGCCGUUCAUUACCCAAAGGUGUUCAGCUCCAUGUUGCACAGUAAAAAAAUAAGUUAUUGGCAGCUGCUUAUUUCGCUCAUUGUCAGACAUGACCAUAGAUUUAUAGUUAUGACAGUUCACCUGUAAAUUAUGGGUUGGUUAGUAAGAGUUAAAUAAAAGAAAGAAUCUGAAUUCUUUUCUUUCUCUUCAUUUAAAGGUUUUCCUCUCAUCCCCGUCAUCAUUGCAGUAGCUUUGAGACCAGACAGCUAUGGUUCAAGAGAGAUGUAAGAUACACGUUUAGAAUAUUAAUCUAUUCUUGACAGUCUUUAAAACCAAUGUGUCAUUGUUUAUUGAUUGCAGCUGCUGGCUCUCAAUGGAAGAUGGAACAGUGUGGGCGUUCAUAGGACCGGUUAUUGCAGUCAUAACUGUAUGUGCAAAUGCCUAAAUUGUUCAUGUAUUUAUGUAAGGAUAGAAAAUGGGAAUCUUUUCGCUGUCAGCAGGAAAUAACUGCAAUCUAUUAUGAAAUCUAAUAAAACACAAAAAAUCUUUGUCAUCUCUAUUAUAGAUAAAUAGCUUCAUCUUGUUCAAGGUGGUACACACGGUUGUGACUUCCGCCAAGGCUGUAAAAAACUCUGAGCACAUGCAUGUCAAGUAAGUGUUUGAAAGCCGAAGGAAACAUUUUCAGUUUUUUUGUUGAAAUCGAGGCAAACGAAAGUGAAAUUACCGCACAAUUAAAGCAAAGAAAAAUAACUCUCUAACUAAAAAACACCGACUUAUUUCUGGAAUGUUACUUUUUGGGUAAUUCAUACUCUGGAUAAAAUCCAGGUAAAGUAUAAUUGUAUUUUUAAAAUAUUGAUUUUCUCAAACGAUUUGCAUGGACCAGUGGUAACAUGAUGCAACGUUUCUAAUAUAUUAGCCCUUUAGAGACAAAGUAAUUGAGGAUUUUUUUCCCUUGGUUUUAAGAGGCACACAAGGCGUAAAACGCGGGAGCUGUUAACCUGUUAAUAGCUGGCAUCGUUUAGCAAAAAAUAGUCUUUGGUUUUUACGCAUUUGCUAUUUUAACAUCAACAUCCCAUUAUAUUUUUCUAGAGCUGGGAUUAAGGGAUUGUUUGUUCUCAUGCCUAUUCUCGGAGUUGGCUGGAUUCUUGGUCUUUUUGCCGUAAACAAGAACACCAUUGUGUUCGAGUAUGCUUUCGCCAUCAUCAAUGGACUUCAGGUAGACCUAAAAACCAUAGUUUACUUGUUUCAUUUUUAUUUUUGUUGAACUAAUUCCCUGACACUUACUUGCAAAGCCAAGCUACCUUGCAAAAAAUUUGUUUAAUUUCAUUUUCUUCACACAGUCUUCACCGUUUUUAAACCUGGACUGAUUUUGUCUUUAAUUUCCUAGGGCUUGCUGAUAUUUCUGCUGCAUUGUGCAUUUAACAGUGAGGUGUGUAAGAAAGAAUUGAUGCAGAUCUGAUAAACCGUUCAAUUUAAAGUGACAAUUUAAACUAACAGCAAGAGAAUAAGGUGGUCCAAAUUAAUCGAAGCUGAAAACACCAGCCUUGAACUUGCCAUUACUGCAAUAAUGAAUCUCCUUAGCUUUCCUUGCCUUUCAGGUUUCCAUAAGUUACAAGUAAUUUAGAAAGCUCUCGAGCAAUAACUAGGGAUAACUAACUUACCAGGAUAUUUAUUAGGGAGUUCAAGCAGCAACGUUUUUGAGCGAUGCACGUCAACCGGAAGUGAGCUUUUUUCCCUUUUAAUAUGCGUUGUCGCUACCAAAUUUGUAUGGCUAAGUGUCUUUACUCUAAAAGAGCCGAUUUGCCCGAAUGUUUGUUCAAAAUAUCACGGCUCAAGUGUGCAAAAAGUUCACUUCUGGUUGACGUGCGCUGCUUAAAACGUCGCUGCUUAAACUCCCUAUAUUUGAGAGUCCUCUUGGUCCUCUCAGAGUUCUCUUGGUCCUCUCAGAGUUCUCUGAAACUAACUUUCUUUGUAAACUGCGCAAAGGUUUCUUAGAUCUCCCUAUCUUUUAGGUUCGUCAAGCAUUUCGCCGAAUAAGAGAAAAGUCCGCUCUCUCUAAAGAAUACGAUUCUAACUACCAGGCUUCAUUCUCAUUGUCGGUAAGAAUUAAAAAUAAAAUAUAAUAAAAUAAAAUAAAAUAAAUAUAAUAAUUUCAAAAAAAAGCACUUUAUUUGAGUGUCAAUGUAUUUAGCACGAAAGUGCUAAUUGGGAACACUAUUUUUACGUCUUCUAAUGGGAGACGGGACCGCCAUUUUACGUGGUCAUCCGAGCCACGCGAAGGUCCAGCCGCCUGCAGUGCAAAGGGAGUACCUUCAUUUUUCAGUUAUUUUAAGACCCUGAGUAUUGGUCCGGCCCCGGGAAUCGAACCCGCGACCUCCCGCUCUGCAGUCAAGCGCUCUACCGACUGAGCUAAUCCUGCCGCGGUUAACAUCGAAUUAGAUAUUAAUUCAAUAUUUAUUAUAUCGAAUUAGAUAUUAGAUACUCGGUUUAUCGAAUUAGAAUUUGAUAUACAGUAUAGGGCAGCUUUUUUUGUAAAAUGGUUAUCAUUUAUGUGAAGGCCGCGUUUCGAGCGGCAAGCCUUCCCCACUAUUUCCCAUUUGCACUGAAUACAUUGGAUUCGCUCUGGCCUGACCAGAGCGGGGAGGGGGAGAACUCGAAUGUCAACUUGUGAGACGUUUUUUGGGUGGUAAAUUGACUUUUAUUAACUCAGUUUUACUCAGCACCGAUGCCGCACCACAGGCUCUUUACAAAAUAACUCCUGUAUUGUCAACUACUUGAAACCUGUAUGGCUCAGUAGCACAACAAAAUAGAAGCUCCGCAAAAAAGAAUUCAUUAUACAAAAUGUAACACCCCUUCUGGUUAAUAUAAGACCGACAAGUCUUUUCAGAGCUCGUGCUGUUUUUUUUUUUUUUCCAGAAGAUAAAAGUUAUCUUCUAAAACAUGAAUGCGAAAAAAAGGAAAUGCAAGUGUCAAAUAUUUAAGAACUGGAAACACGGCAUCGACAGCUCUCCCCAUAUAUAAGGGCUCAUGGAUUCAGUCACUUUACAAUUACAAUGAUUUGAAAACUGACCGAAUGACUUAAUAAGGGUUGGCUAAGAUAGUGAGUUACAAAGUGCCUUGUUAUACUUGUGACAAAUACAGGAUGACGUUUUCUUUGUUUGAAUACGAGCCUAUUCCAUUUUAAGCAAACCGGAAGUUCUUCAAGCAAGAAAAGUCUGCAUUCCAACAGUUUUGAUAAACUCAAAGGUAACCGAUAACAGAUAUGUCACAGUCGUACUUUAACUAACUGCCUAAAAUACAGUCUUUUUCUGCGAGGUAGGUACCCUAUAAACGAAAGUGCUAUUACCUCAGAUGCUGGGGUUAAACGGGGACGUCAAUACUUUUAGGUGGGGAACCCAGGACUACUUAAAAGAUUUAAGGGUGGGAUGUGCCGCUGGCACCCCGGAACCCUUAGCUUCUACAGAUUUAGUUCAUCUGAAUGUGCUUUCCUAUACUAGACUAAACUCUCCAGAUCCAUACCUAUCCUCAAGUCUCUAUUUUCCAGAAAUUACUAAGGUCGGUGUUAUCUUUGAGUUGCGGAUCAAUCUCAUUUUGCAGUAUUUCAUUGUUUAGCGUCAUUGCCUGUUUUCUUAGGUUAGACUAAAAGUCCAUUAGUUUCCAGGAAAAUGAUACUCCAUUCUAGAACCAAACUUUCUGAGUUCUAUACCUUAGCCAAGACUUAACUGCUUCAGUUUGUACCAAACAAUGGUACCUAUUUUUCUUUUCUUUUGUAAUUUUUACUCACAGCAAAGAUGUCUUUCAGUCAAAAGAAAACAACGAAAUUGGUUCAAGUGCAGGUAGUUACUUGAAAUACAUCAGUCAUAAUUUCUGGCACGUUUAGUUAACUUUUCGUAGCUGUUGCCAUCACGUAAUAAAGAAAUUGUGAACUGUAACUGGUGCCAUUUUUAUCCUGAUGAUGACAAGGAGAACCAUCAUAGAGAACUUGAGGAAAGGCAUUUUUGAACAAAACACUUCAUCCGGAAGUGAAGCCUUUUCCCGUUCAACAUGCCUUGACGCUACUAAAGUGAUUUGUUCUGCUAGCGUCCUUACUCUUAUAAACUGAGACAAUUUGCCCAAGAAUGCAAAAGGUGUACUUCCGGUUUACGUACGUCGCUUAAAAAUGUCUUUGCCUAAAAGGGUUGAGCUUCUAUGGUGUUACCCCUUGUCCCAUUACCAUGAAUUCGUAAAAUAUCACUUUUUGUGAGUCCGUUGUUGAACAUCAAGAGUGUAACUAGCGCUCUUGAGAUUGACUCUUAUACUUUGCAUACAAGAACACGCGGUUUGACGGUGAUAACGAGAUCGACUGUAAUUUUGCAGCCGUUCUAGGGUAGAUUUUUUUCUCUGAUCGAAUUCCAAGUUAAUUCUAAAGCUAUCAAAACAUUUUCUGUUAGUAGUGUUCAACUUAUCGAUUUCAUAAUUUCCUCGUUUCCUUGUAGCCUCUGGAUGAAAGUCAAGAUGUCGCUGAAAACUCCCUACAAAUUAAGCGCACUUUUCAGGGGAACAAUCUUAACAAGCUGGGUGUAACAAAUAUCGCGACAGAGAUGUCUUCACUGAACUCUCUUACUGUGGUGUGUAAAAGUAAAAAGAACUGUUUAUUAGGCGAUUAAGAUUCAGUGCACAAGGUGUUGUGAAAUUACUUCAGGCGAGCUACUACAAAAGCUCCACAAGUGAAUUUAUUUCUUACACUUUUCGUUAUCCUGUGUGUUGGUUUAGCCAAAAAAAUAAAUAGAGGUCAUCAGUGUUUUAGUCAACCUAAGGGAGGUUAAGGUUAACGUUUAGUAAGAUAAAAAGACUAAAACCUGCACCCAUCACUCUCCCCAAAAAUAACGGAAACACCGGGUCUAUGAUCACUUUGUCCCCUUCGGAACUUCGCUAGGUGUAUGAAAAAUACUGCAGCGAUCAGUUUUUCAGGAGGUUUUGUCUACAUCUCUUCUCCACUGGUUUAUAGCUGGUCUCACUUAUGCAACUUUCAUUUCUAUCCCUUGGAGAACAAUACCAUCACCUCAUUAAGAGUGACGCUAUAGUAGCGGACGUGAAAGGCUCGUGAAGAUGAUAAAGAAUAAAAUUUGGUGGUGUGGUGAUGGGAAACAAAUGAAAAUGUGGAGUACGGGAGAAAAGAGGGGGAGGAAGUAAAAAAAAUUGAAUUAUAGAGGGAGGAAAGAAAAGACAGUUAACUUGCAGCGGAAAAGAAUCAAACUUGCGAUAAAUGUGCAUAUAUCACCAAAUUACUCCUUUUUUUUAUUCUUCAUUUAAGACAACUUAUUUUUGGCAUUUCUAGGAUGACGAAGAAAGAAGCUCAUUGAAGUAA